AUGGGUGGAAAAGGCAAAUUAGGCUGGUGGAAAAUCUCUUUACACAAAUCCUCUAAGUCGGAGACCAAAAAAUCGCCACCCAAUGAAUUCCUCUGCCCGAUUUUCAACUCCUUAAUGUCGGAUCCCGUCGUUGUUUCCUCAGGCCAAACCUUCGAGCGAUUAACUGUGCAAGUAUGUAGAGAUUUGGGUUUCACGCCCAAGCUCCAAGACGGUUCCGAACCCGAUUUCUCGAGUGUAAUACCCAAUCUAGCUCUAAAGAGUACUAUCCUUAACUGGUGUAAGAAAUCCGGGUUGGAGCUUCCGAACCCGCCGGAGUAUUCGGAAAUUGAGUCCAUUGUUAGCUCUUUGAUGUCGGCGAGUCAAAGAUUUAGGGUUUCUGAAAGGGAAUUGUUGGAGGGAGUUGAGGAAAAUCCUAGGGUUUUAUUCUCACACGCGGCUACGGAAUUGAAUCAUCUCGAUUUUUACUCCUCCAGCUCCGAAGAAUCUGUGAUUGCGAAUGGUUCCCCUUUCUUACCAUUUACAACAAAGCCCUCUUGCAUUUCGUAUUCGUCUUCGCCCUCGACUACGUCAGAAUUUAUCUCCGAUGCCGUGUCGGAUAAUAUUCCGACAACUUCGUCGGAGGAUGAGCAUUUUGUGAACAAAAUGUCGAGUUUGGAUGUUUUUGAUCAAGAACAAGCUGUGAUUUUGUUGCGAAAAACCACAAGGAGUAGUGAAGAAGCUCGAAUUGCUCUUUGCACUGAAAGGCUGUUGUUUGCGUUAAGGGAAUUGUUGAAUUCACGGUACUCUGCUGUGCAAAUCAACGCCGUGGCGGCGCUGGUGAAUCUUUCACUCGCAAAAAUGAACAAAAUCAAGAUUGUAAGGGCUGGGAUUCUUCCACUGUUGAUAGAAAUUUUAAAGAAUGGUUUUGAAGAAUCACAAGAACAUGCUACCGGUGCGAUUUUCAGCUUGGCGCUUGAAGAUGAGAAUAAGACUGCAAUAGGAGUGCUCGGGGCGCUGCAGCCGCUUUUGCACGUUUUGAGAUCCGGGAGCCUUCGGAGUCGCCAUGACGCCGCCCUGGCGCUGUAUCACUUGACAAUGAUGCAGAGCAAUAGGGUGAAGAUAAUUAGGCUUGGAGCGAUCGGGGCAUUAUUGGGUAUGUUGAAGGAUCCGGUGGUGGCGGGGCGGGUGGUGCUGGUGGUGUGCAACCUGGCAGCAUGCCCGAAAGGCCAGUCGGCAUUGUUGGAUGCAAAUGCGGUGGAGUGCUUGGUGGAGAUGUUGAGGAACGGGAACAAGUUGGACUCCGAGUCGAUUCGAGAGAAUUGUAUCGCUGCGCUAUUCUCGUUGAGUCGUGGAAGUUUGAGAUUCAAGGGGCUGGCGAGGGAAGCGAUGGUGAUUGAGGUGCUACGGGAGGUUGUGGAGAUGGGAAGCGAGCGUGCGAGGGAGAAGGGUCAAAGGAUUUUGGAGGUAUUGAGGGGACGAGAUGAGGAGGAGGACCGGGGCGAGGUUAACUGGGAAGCCGUGAUGCAGGGUCGGGUGAGUCGGGCAAGGUACCGAGUUGGUGGGAAUACAGGUCCCAACUCUACUGAAUUCUGA